AUGGCAGAAAUUAAUCCUGCGUUUGUACUCCAGUCCAUAAAACAGGUCUCAUUUGAGAAUAGGGAGGUCCCUAAACUACGAGACGAGUGGGACGUUCGUGUGCGCAUCGAGCAAACGGGUAUCUGCGGUAGUGAUGUACACUACUGGCAACGAGGCCGAAUUGGUGAUUUCAUCCUUGAAAGCCCAAUAGUCCUCGGUCAUGAAAGUUCCGGCACAGUCGUCGAGGUCGGCAGUAAGGUGAAGAAUGUAAAGGUGGGCGACAGAGUGGCUAUCGAGCCGGGCGUUCCAUGCAGACAUUGCAAUUUCUGUCGUUCAGGGGCAUACAACCUAUGUGCGGAUACUGUGUUCGCAGCAACUCCUCCGUGGGAUGGAACACUGCAGAAAUACUAUAUCGUCGCUGGUGACUACUGCUACCCUUUACCAUCACAUCUCAAUGCUGAAGACGGCGCACUGUGUGAACCGGUUUCCGUAGCUGUGCAGAUUUGCAAAGUAGCUGGCCUAAAAGGCGGCCAAACUGUGUUGGUGAUGGGAUGCGGUCCUAUCGGGGUUCUAUGCCAAGCUGUGGCAAAAGCAUACGGAGCAGCCAAAGUCAUUGGUGUCGAUAUUUCUAAGUCACGAUGUGAUUUCGCUAAAGAAUUCGCUGCAGAUGGUGUUUAUCUUGUACAAAAAUCCUCGAAUGAAGGAAUAGAUCCGGUAGAUGCCUCUAGGGCUCUUGGUGAAUCAAUCGUUAAGGAUUUUGGCUUCGGAGAAGGAGCCGAUUUUGUUUUGGAAUGCACAGGAGCGGAAUCGUGUAUACAGGCUGGUAUAUUCGCUGCUCGAAAAGGUGGUACUUAUGUGCAAGCUGGAAUGGGGAAGGAGAACGUCGUCUUUCCUAUCACUACAGCUUGUAUCCGGGCUCUCAACAUAAAAGGUUCUAUUAGGUACAGCGUUGGCUGCUACCCAGAAGCAGUUGAUCUCAUCGGCUCCGGGAAGAUUAAGCCUAGCAAGCUUAUUACACAUAGAUUUCAGUUCGAGCAAGCUGAGGAAGCUUUUGAGUUGGUCAAGGCGGGAGGAGAAAAUACUCUGAAGGUCAUCAUCCAAGGAGUCAAAUAA